UGAGCCCAGAAACACCAUUUGCGAUUCGUCGGCCACACGAAUUAUACGCCCCAACAACGGCGGGGCAGGUGAGGCGACCAAGACAGAGAUCGUAAUACGCAAUCUAUCGAAAGAUCGGGAGAGCGGGAAUGGAUUGGAACGGCGGCAGCGAGGAGAAGGGACUGUUGUGGCGGCUCCCAACGCUGAAGAUGAAAGAGCUGGGAAAGCUGGGUCCUGGUAUAGGUUUCGGCGCCGGUUGUGGCGUUGGCUUCGGCAUCGGCCUCAUGGGAGGUGCAGGAUUGGGAGCUGGAUUUCCUGGUAUGCAGCUUGGAUUUGGAUUUGGAGCUGGAUGUGGAAUAGGUUUAGGUUUUGGUUAUGGUGUUGGGAGAGGAGUUGCAUAUGACGAGUACCGAAGACAUUCAAAUGUUGGAAAGCUGUUUCGUGGUGUCCGAAACAAUCCAUCUGAGAAUUAUGUCGAGGCUCUGUUUGAUGAACUUGUAGAAAGUACAAGAAAGCUGAUAAAAGCAACUUCUAGAGAGAUUGAGAAAUGGAGAUAAAAUGGCAAAUAUGUUGCUCUUCUCCAUUUAAAGGCGUACAGAACUAUCCAACCUUUAAUUUCUUACGUUGUUAAGAAAAAUUAAUUGAAUAUUUAAAGAUUGUUAAGUCAGACUACUAGUGGCACGUUUUUUGUGUUUUUUUUUCCCUUUGAUUUGGUUGUGGUGCAACUUUAAAUCAUUUCUUUUUCUCCACGUUGUAUUAUUGAAAUGGUUGAACUGAAUUUGAUGGUGAUGCUUCCUCAACCUCAACUGAGAUGGAAAAAGAAUUUUGAUAACAAGGUUUUUCACAGUUUA